ACAGAUAAGUAGAAUGGUGCAUGAUAUGUUGAAUUCUUAAUUCAAAAUUAUCAAAUAUUUUAAAAAAAAAAAACUACAUAUUCGUACUAAAUUAAUACAAAGUAACACAAAAAUAAAAAACAAAAAUUUAAUGAAAUUAUAAAUAACCUUGGAUUUUAUUAAUAAAAGCAAUAUAAAUUUUUUAAAAAUAAUAAAAAAUAACUUGAUUUUGAUACAUUGAAAUAAUUAUUAAAUAAAACAAGUCAAGUUAACAUUAAAUUAAAAAUGGGUUCAUCAAGACCAGAUGAUCGUUCACUUGGAAAUGGAAUAUCAUUUCCCCAAUGGAUGAGAGGAAAAGUUGACAGUCGAUUUGAUUUUGAUGAGAGUUCGUUCAGUCCACCAACAGAUGAUAAUUUUUUCCAUAUAAAAUAUCCAACGACAAGUAGUACCUCAGCACAAUCAAAACAAAGUGGAUUUCAUUCAAUUAAUCAGGUGCUUAAUGAACAAAAAACAACAACGACAACAACAGCUGAUAAUUUAAAAAAUUUGACAAGUGAAAAAUCAUCAAUAAAAGAUAAUAAAAAAAUUGAUACUACAAAACUUCCAUUACCAUGUCAAGCAUUUGUUAAAGAUGCAAAUAAAACAGGUUAUUUGUAUGAAGCUAAAGGAACAGAUGAUGGUUUUCAUAGUGAACCAGCUCGUUGUGGUAAAUCAAUUGUUACUGUAGCAAAUCGUAUAAUGCAAUCAUCAAAUGUAUUUAAAAAAACAGAUGAAAAUAAGACAAAUGAAAAUAUGGAUAAAAUUAAUAAUUUACAACAAAAAGUUAGUAAAUCAUUACCAGUAACACCAAUUGCAUCACCAACAUCAACACCAGAAGGUUCACCAAAAUCACGUCGUCGUGUUAAUGGUAAUCGUUAUUUUACUGGUUCAUUUAUACCAGAAAAAUAUCAAGGUGGAUGGUUGUUAACUAAAAUUCUCAGUAAUUCACGUGAAAUAAUUGGUAAUAAAAUUGAUGAAGGUGAUGAGGCUGCUAGUGAGGUUAUUCCUCAUCGUGCAUUAGCAAGAAAAAAGUCAAUAUCAUCACAAAAUCUUUCUUAUCUUGGUAAAGAUGAUGUGUCAACUGAUAAACCAAUUAAAAUAGCUGGAACAUCAACAUCAACACCUCAAACAGUUACACUUCAAGUGGAACCAUCAGAAUUACGUGAAAUGAAUUUUUGGUCACCAACAUCAAUGUAAAAUUCUCAAUUUAAACAUGCUGUUUGAACAUCUUGAUUAAUCAUCAAGUCCAUCAAGUCUAUCAAGCUCACUUUUAUUAUUUAAAAUUUAUUUUUCAAAUUAUUAAUACUUGUGGUUAAUUAACUAUUUGUUUAUUUAUUUAAUUUUUAUUUUCACUUGAAAAACUAAAAAUAUUAUCAGACAAUUUGUAAAUUAUUAUUUACAAUGAUUCAAUUACAUAUUAUUAUUUUUUUUAAAAAUAAUAUUGGCAUUAAAAAAUAUUGACAUGAUUUAAUUUCAAGUAUUUUUUUUUUGUUAUUAAUUAGUUUUUUUGUCUAUUAUUAUUUUUGAUAAUUAUAGCAAUCGAUAAACAGCCACUUUAAAAAAUUAUUGUCAAAUUAACUUUUAUAAAAAAAAUUUAUUAUUUUUGUGUGUUACUAAUUAACAUGGUUUUUUUGUUUUUUUCAAUUUUAUUGUAUUAAUUAAAAAUAGAAAAGAAAUAUUAACAAACUAACAAUCUAAAUAUUCAAUUUUAAUUAUAUACUUAUAUAAUAAAUGUGAUAAAAUAAUAAAAAAAGUAAAUGUUUUUGCAUUUGAUAAUUUUGAAGAAAUUUAUUAUUCACAUAUUUAAAUAUUUAAUUACAUAAAUAUAUAUAUUUUGAGUCGUUUAAUAAUGAUUAAAUAAGUUGUUUAUUUAAAAAUGAUAUGAGUAACCAAGUCCUGAGAAAUCAGUGUGUGAUACAACUGGUCCUGGUGCAGCAACAGCUGGUCCAGUUGCUGAAGCAUAUGGAAGUGGUGCUGGUGCAGCAUAAUGAAUUGCUGAUGCUGCUGGAGCUGCAUAAUGGAUUGCUGCUGGUGCUGGAGCUGCAUAAUGAAUUGCUGCUGCUGGUGCUGGUGCUGCAUAAUGAAUUGCUGCUGGUGCUGCAGCAUAGCUCAAUGAAUGAUAAAUUCCUGGAUUUGUAACAUCAGUUCUUGAUUUUGAGCUGCUUGAAAAUGGUGUAUCAACUGAUUUUGAAUAAGUUGAUAUUUGUGCAAGAUUAUCAGCACUUCUGUAUGUAUUUUGUUGUUGAGAUGUUAUUGCUGAUGUUGGUAAUGAAUAACUUAUUGGUCCUGAGAAUGCAAUAUUACCAGCACUUGCAAUUGCAACCAUGCAGCACAAAACUAAAAAUUGCUAUUGAAAGAAACCAUUAAAAAAUCAAUAUUAAUAAGAUGAUUUCAAGAUUAUAUUUUACUUUAUCAAUAGAUAUUUUUAUUAAAAACUUGUUAACUCUUAUCAUACACUUUUUCAAGCUUAUUCAACUUGAAAAUAUAUUUAAUAGAAUUUUCUUGUCUUGAAUAGA